AUGAGAAGAUUUAAUACAUCUCAAAAUAAAAACGAAAGAAAUUUAUUUAAUGAUUAUAUAAAAAAUGAAGAUGAACUAUACGAUGAAAGAGAUGACGAAGGAAUAAAUAAAGAACCUAUAUCCUUAAAAGCCGAUGUUAAUAAUAAUUUUUUUCCUAUUGACCAGAUACAUUCGACUUAUUUCUUAUGUAAUAAUUUGAAUAAUGAUAAUACAGAAAAGGAAAUCAAUGAACAUAUAUCGUUCGAAAAAAUUCAAGACCAUGAAAAAGAAGAAAAAAAGAAAAUUUUUCUUUUCAAUUUAAGUGACAAUCAAAAAAAACAAAUCGAGAAUUUAAAAAUAAAUAAAAUUAUACAAAAUGAAAUGUAUUUAAAAAAAAAUAAAAUUCUUAAAUAUAUAAUUCAUAUAUUUAUAUCAGAUAUAUUAAAAGAAAAACCAAAUGAUGUAUAUGAUUAUGCAUCCAAUUAUUUUACACAGCCACAAUUUAAAAUGUAUAUAUUGGAAAAAUUAAAAUUAAGGAUAAACAAAUAA